AUGCUCCUUAACCCCAGUCCUGUUAAUACGUGGUUCGAGAGGAUUAGCAUCAUGGUGAUCGUGCUCAACUGUGUGACACUGGGCAUGUACCAGCCCUGUGAGAACAUCGACUGCACCUCGGACCGCUGCCAGAUACUGCAGGCCUUCGAUGCAUUCAUCUACAUCUUCUUCGCACUGGAGAUGGUGGUGAAGAUGGUGGCUCUUGGGAUCUUUGGCCGUCGCUGUUACUUGGGAGACACCUGGAACAGGCUGGACUUCUUCAUCGUCAUGUCUGGGAUGGUAGAGUACUCUCUGGACCUGCAGAACAUCAACCUUUCGGCUAUUCGGACAGUGCGGGUCCUUCGGCCCCUCAAAGCCAUCAACAGAGUGCCAAGUAUGCGUAUCCUGGUGAACCUGCUGCUCGACACUCUGCCCAUGCUGGGCAACGUGCUGCUGCUGUGCUUCUUCGUCUUCUUCAUCUUCGGUAUCAUCGGCGUGCAGCUGUGGGCGGGGCUACUGAGGAACCGCUGUUACCUGGAGGAGAACUUCACCCUCCCCAGCUCUUCAGGUAUGACCCUACCUGCUCCAUACUACCAGCCAGAGGAGGAUGACGAACGGCCCUUCAUCUGCUCCCUGGCAAUUCAUAAUGGCAUCAGGUCAUGUCAUGAUGUGCCGGCGAGGCGCGAAGGAGGACGCACAUGCUGCCUGGACAGGGAGGACGCGCUCCACAGACAGGGUUUGGGCUUGAGUCCUGAACCACUGGCCAACGGGAGCGGUGCCGGUGAAGCAAUCGGUCUGUGCAUCGACUGGAACCUGUAUUACACUCGGUGCCACACAGGAAGUACUAACCCCCACAAAAAUGCCAUUAACUUUGACAACAUUGUCUACGCCUGGAUCGUCAUUUUCCAGGUGAUCACUCUGGAGGGCUGGGUGGAGAUCAUGUAUUAUGUGAUGGAUGCCCAUUCCUUCUACAACUUCAUCUACUUCAUUUUACUCAUCAUUAUUGGGUCAUUCUUCAUGAUCAACCUGUGCCUGGUGGUCAUCGCUACCCAGUUCUCGGAGACCAAACAGCGGGAGCACCAGCUGAUGCAGGAACAGAGGGCGCAGUGCCUGUCCUCCUCCACCCUCGCCAGCAUGGCUGAGCCGGGAGAUUGCUACGAGGAGAUCUUCCAGCUGGUGUGCCACGUCCUCCGCAAGGCUAAGAGGAGAUCGGCAGCUCUCUACUACACGCUGAGGGGCAAAACCCCGCCGGCUGUUGGUGGCAGGGGCAACAGGCGUGGGGGGGGAAAUGUGAACGGAGAGCGUCAUCAUUCCAGGCACCCAAAAACAUUCCACUGUCCACACCAGAGCAAGCCAGACCACGGCUCUCAGCCACUUGAAAACUCCAUCAGUCUGUCUGUCCCUCAGAAACCCGAGGACUGUCCUAUAUGCGUAUUAUCACUGAAAGAUGGGGUGAGGGCGGAGGGAGACUCCGGCAAAGGAGAGGAAGAAGCCGAGGAUGCGGUGAAAGAGACGGGCAAGGAGGAGAACCAUCUAGAGGAGAGGGGGGAUGGAGAGAGGAAGAGGAAGAGGACGUGUUUUCGACAUUGUAUAGAAACCUGGAACGAUAUGAGGAGGAAACUUUGGGGCAUUGUAGAGAGCAAGUACUUCAGCAGGGGCAUUAUGAUCGCUAUUCUGAUCAACACCAUCAGUAUGGGCAUCGAGCACCAUAACCAGCCCGAUGAGCUGACCAAUGUCCUGGAGAUCUGCAACAUUGUGUUCACCAGCAUGUUCACCCUGGAGAUGAUCCUGAAGCUGACUGCUUUUGGCUUCUUUGAGUACCUGAGGAACCCCUAUAACAUCUUUGAUGGCAUCAUCGUCAUCAUCAGUGUGUGUGAGAUCAUCGGCCAGGCAGACGGCGGGCUGUCAGUGCUGAGGACCUUCAGGCUGCUGAGGGUCAUUAAGCUGGUGAGGUUCAUGCCGGCGCUCAGGCGGCAGCUGGUGGUGCUGAUGAAGACCAUGGACAACGUGGCCACUUUCUGUAUGCUGCUUAUGCUCUUCAUCUUCAUCUUCAGUAUCCUGGGGAUGCAUAUCUUUGGCUGUAAGUUCAGUCUGAAGACGGAGGCAGGAGACACCGUGCCUGACAGGAAGAACUUUGACUCCCUGCUCUGGGCCAUCGUCACUGUCUUCCAGAUUCUGACUCAGGAGGACUGGAACAUGGUGCUUUACAAUGGGAUGGCAUCCACCUCGCCCUGUGCUGCUCUCUACUUCGUAGCUCUGAUGACUUUUGGAAAUUAUGUGCUCUUCAAUUUACUGGUUGCCAUCCUGGUGGAGGGUUUUCAGGCUGAGGGUGAUGCAAACCGCUCUUUCUCGGACGACGACAGGUCUUCCUGUAAUUUUGAGGAGAAUGAUAAGCAGAAAGACUCUCUUCAUCUCUCAGACCCAAAGAUCUGUACGCUGACUCCUAACGGGCACCUUGACUUGUCCCCACUGUCCCAUGGUCUGUUUCCGGGAGAGAGGUUGACUUUCGCUCUGGACUCCAGGAAGAACAGUGUUAAUUCUCUUGGUAGGGCCAACUUGGAGCAGAGGGCUUUGUUUUCAGGUCGAAGUUACCACAACUGGGGUCGCCCGUGUGCCCCCCACCCUCAGGCCUUGUGGGCCCGUCGCUCCAGCUGGAACAGCCUGGGAGGAUGCCGGCCUUUCUCCUCCUCGUCUCCCUCCGCGAGUCCGGCCAUCACCACCACCUCCGCACGGCCCUUCUAUGGCUACGGCCUGGGGGGCCUUGGCGGCGUGGUUGGAGGAAGUCUUCGUAUCCGGGGUCCUCGCGCCUCCUCGUCCCCGCGGCGCCACCUCCACCAUGUCCUCCAAGAUGAGGAGGAGUCUCUCAUAUCUCCUCCUCCUAUUCCUCUUCACUCCCUGCACCUUCCUCACCCUAUGCUCCCUGGACACUUUGUACCCAGGAGGGACCGCAGGGCCCUUUCGCUAGAGCUGCCCCACCUGCUGCAGGUGCCAGGACCCCCGCACGUUCCACUGCCGCCACACCACCCUCUGCCCCCCUUGACGCUCCACGCUCAACACAGGAAGAAGAGCUUCUCUGGGGGGGCGGUUAUCAGUGGAGGCGGUGGCAGUGGACACGACAGUCCGGGGGGCUUAGUAGGGGUUCACCAAGAUUGUAAUGGGAAGAUCCCUCUUUCUCAGCUUCUGCAGCCCCCCCACAGACACCACACUGAGCAUGCUGGAGGGGUGAACCCCCAGAGCCAGCUGAUGUCUGACGUCUUCCCCCAGGUUAACACACGCAGCAAGGACCGGGAGGACCUGGAUGAUGACAUUGAAUAUAGCUUGUGCUUCCGCGUCGAGAAGAUGUUAGAAGCGUACAAACCGGACUGGUGUGAGUCCAGAGAGGAGUGGUCUGUCUUCCUGUUCUCCCCACGGAACAGGUUCAGACAGAUAUGCCAGUCCAUUGUCGCCCAUAAGCUGUUUGACUAUGUGGUGUUGGCCUUCAUCUUCUCCAACUGCAUCACAGUAGCUCUGGAGAGGCCUGAGAUACUUCAGGGCAGCUUGGAAAGAGUCUUCCUCACCAUCUCCAACUACGUCUUUACUGCCAUAUUUGUGACCGAGAUGACACUCAAGGUGGUCUCCAUGGGUCUGUAUGUAGGGGAUCAUUCUUACCUGCGGAGCAGCUGGAACGUUCUGGAUGGCUUCCUGGUUUUUGUGUCUUUGAUUGACAUCGUGGUGUCCAUGGCGGGCGGGGCCAAGAUCCUGGGUGUGCUCAGAGUGCUCAGGCUGCUAAGAACACUGCGUCCCCUCAGAGUGAUCAGCAGAGCUCCAGGUCUGAAGCUGGUGGUGGAGACCCUCAUCACCUCCCUCAAACCCAUCGGCAACAUUGUCCUCAUCUGUUGUGCAUUCUUCAUCAUCUUUGGCAUUCUUGGGGUCCAGCUGUUUAAAGGCAAGUUCUUUCACUGCUUUGGCCCCGACGUCAAAAACAUCACCAACAAGUCCGACUGUAUACUAGCCAACUACAAGUGGGUCCACCACAAGUACAACUUUGACAACCUGGGGCAGGCUCUGAUGUCCCUGUUUGUGCUAGCCUCAAAGGACGGCUGGGUCAACAUCAUGUAUCACGGCCUGGAUGCUGUGGCUGUGGACCAACAGCCUGUGACCAACAACAAUCCGUGGAUGCUGCUGUAUUUCAUCUCCUUCCUGCUUAUUGUUAGCUUCUUCGUCCUCAACAUGUUUGUCGGUGUGGUUGUGGAGAAUUUCCACAAGUGUCGUCAGAACCAGGAGGUGGAAGAGGCCAAAAGGCGUGAGGAGAAGCGUCAGCGGCGCAUGGAAAAGAAAAGGAGAAAAGCCCAGAAGCUGCCCUACUUUGCCAGCUACGGCCACAUACGCCUGAUGGUCCACACACUGUGCACAAACCACUACCUGGACCUCAUCAUCACCUUCAUCAUCGCCAUCAACGUCAUCACCAUGUCCUUAGAGCACUACGAUCAACCUCGUUCUCUGGAUCUCGCCCUGAAGUACUGCAACUAUUUCUUCACUUCCAUGUUUGUGCUCGAAUCGGCACUCAAACUCACCGCCUUCGGCUUCCGUCGCUUCUUUAAAGAAAGGUGGAACCAGUUGGACCUCGCCAUUGUGCUUCUGUCGGUGAUGGGCAUCACCCUGGAGGAGAUCGAGAUCAGUGCUGCCCUGCCCAUCAACCCCACCAUCAUCCGGAUCAUGAGAGUACUGAGGAUAGCCCGAGUGCUGAAGCUGCUGAAGAUGGCCACAGGGAUGAGAGCCCUUUUGGAUACGGUGGUCCAAGCCCUGCCUCAGGUGGGUAACCUGGGCCUGCUUUUCAUGCUGCUGUUUUUCAUCUACGCCGCCUUAGGAGUAGAGCUAUUUGGAGAACUUGUAUGCACCGUAGACUAUCCAUGCGAGGGAAUGGGUCGUCACGCUACCUUUGAGAACUUUGGCAUGGCCUUCCUUACCUUAUUUCAAGUCUCCACGGGCGACAACUGGAAUGGCAUCAUGAAGGACACAUUGCGGGAGUGCCCACCAGACCACGGCACUGAUGUGGACAAUGCCACUGAUGUGGACUAUGCCUGCAAUCCUAGCCUUCAGUUUAUCUCGCCCAUGUACUUUGUCUCCUUCGUGCUCACCGCCCAGUUCGUGCUCAUCAAUGUGGUGGUGGCCGUGCUGAUGAAGCACCUGGACGACUCCAACAAGGAGGCCCAAGAGGAGGCGGAGAUGGAUGCAGAAAUUGAGCUGGAGCUGGCCCAGGGCACCCUCUGUUGCAUGGGCGGGGAGAGGAAGAUGAGACAUUCAGCAGGCAGCACGCACUCAGGAGCCUUCAACCUGCGGGACUCCAGCCUCAACCUGUACUCACCAGCACAAGAGAGCCAAUGGCUGGACAGCGUAUCUCUCUUGAUCAAGGAUUCACUGGAGGGGGAGAUGCUGAUGAUCGACAACCUCUCCGGUUCUGUCUUCCACCAUUAUUCUUCUCCUCCACCCAUCUGCAGAGAUUGCAAGGGCCACCCACAAGAGCAGAUCAGGAUGGCAGAGAUUGAGCAGGCAUCCCUGAGGUCAGAGCAAAUGUCAGACAAGUCCUCGUCCCCCGCCCUGCCAGAUGACCUCAGCCUGGACGAACACACCUCCUAUCAGCUGCUGCCGCAAGAGUGCAAGGGAAGGUGCAGCAGUGACUCCCGCAGCUCUGAUGAGGCUGGAGGGGGGGGGAGUCAUGCAGGAGGCCCCCCCACCCAGACGGUGGUGCAGAGCCUGGGCCAGCCGUGCAGGCCCCUCAUCGCUGGGAUCGAUGUGGAGACUGCAAUACAGGAGAUGGAGAUGCAAACACAUCGACCACACACAUGCACUCCUCACUGUAGCCCUGGUGGCAUUUCCAGAAGCAGCAACCAGGAAAGAAACGGAGAAGGUGGAGGUGGAGCGAGUGGCGUGUCUCCUCUCUUUCAUCUGCCCGCAGAGUUCUUCCACCCCGCAGUAGCAGCCAUCCCAGCACCCCCCCGCAGCAGGAGCCUACGGCUGACCAGGGGCCUCAGGCUGACCUCCCCUGCCUCCUGGGCCUCACUCCGCUCCCCAGGGGCCCACAGCAAGAUGCUCUGCACACAGUACCCGUCCCACAGUGACUCGUCCCUUGCUACAGGCAGCUCUGAGGGCAGCCUCCAGACCACCCUAGAAGAGGGCCUGAGCUUCAGCAUCUCCCCACCACAGAACUUGGAGUUGUCUUUGCCGACAGCUCCCUUACCACUCGUGUGCCCUCUCCCGCUGCCUGAAGACAGCACCGCCAUCUCCUCCCCGGUCCGGACCCUGAGACAGCGGCCCAGCCCCUCGUCGGCCCUCACCCUCCUGGCCACCAAGGGCCACCAGCGGAGCCAGAGCAGUGGCCGAGGGAGCACCAGCCCGGGCUACACCCGGGACGACUCCAUCGACCCUUCAGACGAGGACCUGGGCAUAGGUAUUGGGUCGUCCAUUGGGGGCUGUGGCUCCAGCCAAGCGGGCAACAGUGAACAUUUGUCAGAGACGCUGAGCAGCUUGUCUCUCACAUCCCUGCUGUCCCCCAGCUCCCUGGUGUACCCGGGGGUAGCAGUGAAGAAGUGCAACAGCACAGGCAGCCUGGACCAAGGGGGGAUGCUGCUGUCGUCCCGGGGCAGGGAGAGCCGCAGGGAGAUUCUGGGACUGGAGCUUAUGGACCCCCAAGGCUUUUUGGCCAACCCUUGGACGGGAGUAUUGGUGGAUACAAGAGGAGAAGGAAGAGGGGAAAUAGUAGAUGGUCAGCAAGGGUUCAAAGUGAAGAGCUCAAGCCAAACAACAGUAGGGCCUUGUCGGGAAAACAGAUGAAACCUACUGUUCACUCUCUCUUUGUCUCUCCAUUCCUUGGAUCUAAACCCAUAGCUGUCCCUCUCACUCUCUCUGCUUCCAUCAGUGAGAGAGAGGCUCGACGACACACGAUGUCCCGUAUUCCAAAACCAAACCCUCAUCUUGCCCCCUCAACCCCUUUCUAUACAUUUGUAUAAGUCCUAUUUUGUGCUACCUAGAGUACUGGUCUUGGUUAGGCGAGGAAGGGGGCCUGGCGAAGUAAAGGCCCAAGGGCUUAACUUGAAGGGGUGGACAUGGAAGGUUCUGCUCACAUUGGAAGACCAGGAGACCCAUUUGUAUCAGGGAGUCAGUAAAAGCAGAGACAAAAGAGCUUUAACUCAAAGACACCAGAGAGUCUUGUUGUUGCUCUACUGUAAUUUUCUUUUCCUGGUGUCAGCUUGGGAGGUCGAAAAUGCAAAAAUAGAAGUACCCAAACUGAAAAUAUCUCUCCAUGCCAACACAGACUGUUUGGGAUUGUUUAUGUUUCAGAGGCAGUGCAGCAAGUAAGUGGGAGGAGGCUCGGAAGUGGCAGAAUAUUUGAAGGCGGAAGGAAGGCUGGCAAAGGAGAAGGCAGAUCAUUUGUUUGGCUGGGAAUGCAAAAAGCGGAUCUAAUGUCCAUCUGUUCUGGCAGACGGAAACAACAGGUCCUACUCUCUCUGGCACAGGACCUUCUGCUGAGUUCAGAGUCAAAAUGCAAGGUAGAGGAGAGUUCAAGAGUGAGUGCUCAUAGCGUGAGUGAGAGCACUGCCUCAGGUAUCCAAGGCAUGAAUUCGAUUAUUCUCAACACUUCACCAUACCUCUGUAUUUUUGAAACAGGAGAUGGGCAUCGACUGAUCAAAGCUUUGUGCCUCUGUUAACUUGAGUGGCAGCGGAUAAUGAAAAUAAAUGGACAGAUUGCGGAUGUAUGACCGUGCAUGGAGCUAUUCGUGAAAUUGCUUAUUUUUUUUCUCUCUAUCUCCAACAUAUCACACUCACUCAAACAUGAAGAAAUGAGUCUGAAUGAGAGCCAGGUUGGAUGGAGCUUUACAAACCCCAUCAGAAGAAACAAUAACGUGUGCAUGGGGCAGCCUUUUGUGGACCAAAAUGGUUCACAGUUUGACAAUAAAGUGAGUCUUGAAGCACACUCCUUUUUCACUUCCUCUCACCAUGCUUAAGGAUUUGAGACGAAUGGACAGACCCACAAGAGUUGCGAGGGACGUGGACUGCAUAAAGGAAUUGCAUUUAACCAAGAUUUUUACCUAUAUACAGAAGUGUAUCAAGAUGUCAGUGUUGGGUGAUAACCAUGUGAUUUCUAUUCCACUAUUUUUGUAGAAAAAGAGAAUAGGCACGUGCAAGUGUUGCCGUUACUUAAUCCCUAUUUCAUUUAACCCAUACGAUCUCUUUAACUUGUUGUCUAGGACUUUUUGUCUGCCAGUGGCUUCCAGUUUUAUAACAUUUUUUAAAGUGUGGACGGUGUAUAAAACAACGAAGCAAAAAAUGUCAAAUGAACUUUGUGCGCUGAAGAGAUUGUUCCCUCCAGCACAUUUCUCUUUGGGGACACUGGUUCCUCAUGGAUUCUUUUUUUUUUUCAGACGUUGGAGUCACAGGGGACAACCAGAGAUGCGAACAGCCAUAUUCACUCAGCACAUGAGGAUCGUUCUAGCUCACAGACAUUCCUUGCUGCACACAGGGAACUUUGUUUGCUUUUAGCCUCCUAUGCUAAAAAAAGAAAAAAAAAGAAACCUUGAAUAGCGGGAACCAUCUCUAUGAAAGCUUUAAUUUGAGAGUUACUCCACAACAUAUCAAUUAUGGACACAUUAGUGUUCUUUAAGCAUGGUUCUGGGAUUGCAAUACAGUAUGCUUUUUCUUGAAAUGACCCUGAUGCACUCAUCUUCUCUUCCCCAUCUCCUCACACAUACAGUAUGUUGUAGCAACCCUUACACACACCAUGUGUCUGUUAUCAAAAACUGACACUGUAAUAAUGAACAAAACAUUGCAUCUUUUAAUGCAAGCUUAUUUUGCUUCUCGCUCCAUCCCAAAAGGACAUGCUCAUAUUUUAGCCUGAUAUUUAGAGGUAGACUGUUGUAUCCCCAGUGUUUUGAUCAUUACCUUACUUUUUUAAAUUUCUCAAAAAAGAAUUAGGUGAUGUGAGAAAAUCUGAGGGAUUGACCUUUUGUACCAUGCAAAAUCACUUUGAUGACUAUGUUUUAUCACAUGGUGUUAGGUAUUAAUGGGUGACAGUAAAGACAGUUGUGUGAGUGUAUGCCUGUGUGUGUGUGUGUGCGUGCGUGCGUGUGUUUAUGACUUCAGGUGAAGAGUUGCCUUUUCCUGAAGUCUCCCGUUUGUCAGUGAGAAUCCCUGAGAUUAAAGUUUUGAUGAGGGAAAAACGCGAAGCAACCAAGGGCUGUUUUAGCUUCAAAUAUAUAUCCUAACAAAUCCUUAUGUCAAUGAAUAUGGCAUCAAAGGUUAAAGCCUGAUUACGCAGCAAUAAAUGUUCUAUGUGUAUGCCCUGAGUAAAUGAUGUCAAUGUGAUUUUUAUCUCCUCAGAACACAACAGUAUUCAUUACUGUCUGUUUUUGCAUCUACUUGUCUGAAACAACAACCAAUCAGAUAGCACCUCUGCCCUCUCGAAGACCAAUCAGUAGUGAGAUGGGCUGCAAUUGGACGACAUGAACAAUUGAGGUUAUUGAACUCAGGUCGGGGGGUAAAAACCACUGGUACAUUUUUAAAGAUAGCUGUAAAGGUGUGCUCAGACUGAAAUCGGAGAAAAUGUUCAACUCGCUUUAUUCGCACAAAUUUGACUGCUGGAGUGUUUAUCCACGCCUAACAGCCAAUGCACCCAGAGUCCAGAUGUUAGCUGAAACGACCUAACAGUGUGUGUGAGCAGAGUGUGCCUUUGUACAGUAGGUGUGUGCUCUGAAUCGGACUGAUGUGGAAACUUGAUCUCAAGCUGUUUCUGUUAUUUCCUCCGGACUCUCUUUGUCUCUGUAUGUUCAUAAAGUGGAGUACAAUAGCUCGGGUUUAAGCACACACUUUCUGCAGCAUUUUCAACCUGUGUGGACGUGAUUUUGCUUCAGUUCACGCUGCCUUGAGUAAACUACCUUGUCCAUUGAAUUUGUAUGCAAUCACGCCGCCUCUGACAUUUGCUCCGCCUUCAGUCUGAACACACCUUGAGAGUGUACAAUUCACAUUUGUACAUAUCUUUGUAUUUUGAUCUGCAUGUGUGCAUUGCUGCCAGUGACCCUGAUUAUAUCAUUAGUAUGCAUUUCAUAAAAUUGUACAAAGUUAAA